UGGGGCUGGGGGGGCAGGGACGUCCCCGAGGCCUGGGUCAAGGGCGGGGGGAGGGGCCAGGAAGAGCGCGCCGCCGAGGGGCCGCCCCGCUCCGCCCCACCUCGCUGCGCCCCCUCGUCCACCCGUGCCUAGGCCCUGCGGGGCCACCCGCUCCCAGGCAGCCCCACGGCCGCGAGCAGAGCGAAGGAGGACCCAGAUCCCCGGCCACUGGCCCCGGCAGCCCACGAUGCCUACAGAUGUGGAACCGUCCGUUCUUGCCAAGACCCUCCACCUUAUCUUCCUCUCAACUUUCUGGGGGAUGCAGAUUUGGGUGACCUUCAUUUCAGGCUUUGUGAUGGGUGGGAACCUCACCCGCCACACCCUGGGCUUCAUCCAGAGCCGUCUUUUCCCCUAUUAUUUCCACAUCGGCUCCGCCUGCUCCUUCUUCAACCUGACCAUCUUUGCCAUGUGCCACCCCAGGGAGCUGCUCAGUGAUGAAGAGACCACACAGCUCGUCGUGUUCUUUGUGUGCGUCAUCGUGUCCGCGCUGAAUGCCCAGUGGUUCGGCCAGAUGACCUCAGACAUCAUGGCCGACAUGCAUCUCCUGGAGCAGAGCUACGGGCUGGGCCAGGACAUCGGCUUCUUCUCCCGCAAGUCCUACACGCGGCUGCGCGAGUCCAACGCCAAGUACAGGCAGCUGUCCGGCCAGCUCAACCGCUAUUGGCUCCUCUCCUCCCUCUGCAACCUGGGCUGCCUGAUGUGUAACGGCUUCAGCCUCUGCCACAUGGCCACUCACCUCUCCACCUUGUGACCGAGGCUGGCCUGUGGGGGGAGGGGCCUGAGCCAGCUGGUGCCGUGGGUCGUGUGGGGGCUUGGGGACAAGGAGGAAGGGACCCAGAUCCUCCCUCACGUCCUAGCCCUGUGUCCCUGGGCAACUAAUGGGUGAGGGAGGGAGUGAGGGAGUGAAUGAAUGAGGGAGUGAAUGAAUGAAUGAGUAAAUGAAUGAGUGAAUGAA